ACGCUGGUGAUGACGGUCUCUUCUUCAUUGACCUGCUUGCUGUUUUAAACACCUAAUACAGAUGAACAUGAAGUUUCCAAAGUGGAUUUACGAAUACUCUUGUAUACAGAGAAGUCAUCAACUUAAUGACUGCAACGUGCCCAGGUCCUGUGGCUGCGAAACCAAGCCCAAAUCAUCACCCCUCCACCGCCGUGGUUGACAGUGGAUAAGAGGACCAAGGAGAAAGAGAAGAAAGCAGGAGAUCACUGUGCUGCUCAUCACGACUGCUCUCUGUUUGCUAGUUGUGAUGCGGACAGGCUUAGAGAACAAGAAACAACAAAAGACUACUGGAAAACCAGACGGCAAAUUUGAACCACAGGCGUUACCAGAGCAGUCCAGGAAUUUGUCCCACAAAUGUCAGAGAAACGUCUCUGUGUCUAACAUCACUGGGUUUUUCACUUUGCCAGAAAAGAUUAAAAACUUUUUGUUUUACCGACACUGCCGGCAUUUCCCGAUGCUACUUAAUGUUCCCGGUAAGUGCGGCGGUCCUCAGAACUCUCCACAGGUUUUCCUGCUGCUGGUCAUUAAAAGUUCUCCACCCAACUAUGACCGACGGGAGGUUCUGAGAAAAACGUGGGCUUCAGAAAGACUUCAGAGUGGCAUGUGGAUCCGCACUGUGUUUAUAUCAGGCACCACAGGUAAUGGUUUAGAGAAGAAAAGACUCAAUAAACUUCUGGAACUGGAGAACCGUAUGUACCAGGACAUCAUUCAGUGGGACUUUCAUGAUUCUUUUUACAACCUCACGCUAAAGCAGGUCUUAUUCCUGGAGUGGAUGGAGAGGUUUUGCCCUCAUGUGCACUUCCUCCUCAAUGGAGAUGACGACAUUUUUGCCAACACAGACAACAUGGUGCAGUAUCUCAAAGGGUUACAUGAUAAUGAUGGAAGCAAACACCUGUUCACCGGCCACUUGAUCCAAUAUGUGGGGCCGAUCAGAACACCAGCCAGCAAAUACUACAUUCCAGUUCAGGUCCAUGAAUCAGAUCGCUACCCUCCGUACUGUGGUGGGGGAGGCUUCCUGUUGUCACAAUACACUUCCAGAAUCAUCUACAACAUGUCUCAAUCCAUCACCCUGCUCCCCAUCGAUGAUGUUUACAUGGGAAUAUGUCUGGAAAAAGCUGGACUUAAACCUGUGUCUCAUAUGGGAGUGAAGACAGCGGGCUUGCACAUUCCUUCAAAAAAGCUGGACAUGUACAAUCCAUGCUACUACCGUGAGGUUCUCCUGAUCCACAGGUUCCUCCCUCAUCAGAUAUUUUUAAUGUGGCAUGAAAUCUAUCAGAGCGAUUUGGUUUGUGGAAGAAGAGGAUUUAAUGCCCAGCCUGAGGAUUUAGUGCCAUAAUGAUGCUGUGAGAAGUGUGAGAGACGUUAAGAAGCAGGAAGGAGACAUGUACUUUCAAACCUUAAGCACACAGUAUGCCAUAAGUUUACUUUAGACACCAACAAUUUUUUUUUUUUAUCUAUUGUUAAAUUUAUUUAAUGCAACUUCACAAGUUGUGUACACUGAAUGUGGUAUGAUACUAAAUUCUGUAUUGUAUCAUACAUCAACUAACCUGUUAAAGCACUUUGCUGUGCUGUGAUGAGAAACAGACCUAACAAAUCAGAAUUUAGCUAGCAUGCUGUGCUCUGAGCGGAAUGAAUUUCAAUUGACGCCAACACCACACUACAUACAAUGCUGUUAUAGGUUCAUCACAUGUUUAUCAUUAUUACUCAUACACAUCUAAUUUAUCAAUCAUUAAAUAAUUCAAUUCAAUUUUAUUUGUAAAGCGCUUUUAACAAUUGUCAUUGUCGCAAAGCAACUUUACACAAUCAAAAGAAUUAUUUAAGUCUGUAUGAAAUGUAAGUGUGCAUGAAUCAAGUUGAGCAGAUGAGUACAAAUAAUGAGAUGUACUCACUCAUUCACUUAUCACACUAAUCAUCACUUACUUAUAAUGUGUACAGGGUUGGUGGUGGAUGCGCUGGAGCCAAACCCAGGGUUUGGGUUUGAUUCCCAGCCAGGUUUAAUUCCUGUCUCUGUGUGCAUAUAGUCUGCAUGUUCUUCCUGUGCUUGGUGGGUUUUCUCCGGGUACUCAGGUUUGCUCCCACAGUCCAAAGAUCUGCAGAUUAGGCUAAUUGGUGUUCCCAACUUGCCUGUAGUGUGUGUAUGUGUGUGCCCUGCGAUUGAUUGGCACCCUGGCCAGGGUGUACCUUGCCUCUUGACCUAAGUCACCUGGGAUAGGCUUCUGGCCUCCUGCCAGCCACCACUGAUUCUUACUUUAUGAAGGACUACUGUUCUUUAGGAGUCACUGAAUUAGAGAAUUAAUUAUAACACCUCCUUAAGUGUUUCAAUAUUUGGGUCCUUUCCUCUGAAUACCUCACUCGCUCUUCCUUUUAGGUCAUGUAGAUGUUUUGGGUUUUUGUAGAUGUUCAUUGUAUAUCAUGAAAAUGUUCUCAUGUACUUUAAAAUAAUGACACAUCCUGUACCUGCAGAUCCUCUCAAAAAAGAAUUUGCAUAAAAACAAACUAUUAAACAUAGCUCUGAUUUAACUUCUCUAUUAAACAUAGCUCUGAUUUCUGCUGUCUAUUUUUUAACAUGCAACUUUUAUCAUUUACAUUUAGGCCCUUGGCAGACGCUCUUAUCCAGAGCGACUUACAAAGUUGCUUUAAUGUUUACAUCAUUGGAUACAUACUUACACUGGGUUAACUAGGUUAAUAACUAAGUGGCAUUAGUCCAACACAACUGGGAAGAUGUUUUUUUUUUGGGGGUCGGGGGGUUAGUCCAAGUACUGGAGAAACAGAUGCGCCUUGAGUCGUCAUUUAAAGAUAGUCAAAGUCUCUGCUGUACGGACAUCUAGAGGAAGUUGAUUUCACCACCUGGGUGCCAGAACAGAAAAGAGCCUGGAUGAAUGCCGCCCUCGAUCCCUGAGAGAUGGUGGGAUGAGGCGAGCAGUGCUGUAAAGAAGAAAUCUACAAGAGCGCGUAAGGUUAGCGAUGUGUGAGAAAAUGGCAAAUGAUUGUCCACGGUUACCCCAAGAUUGCGGGCGGUGGCUGAAGGAGUGAUUUGGUUGUUGUCCAGGGAUAUUACAAGGUCUUGACCUGGGGAUGACAUCAUACCAAGCAUUUAAGUGAUCCUCCAUCAUGCUCAUUCAGGAUGUCUUUUCCAAAAUUUUCCUCUGUGAAGUUAAGGGUUCAGCACGACCCUUUCAGGGUUUAAUGAUGUCUUGGAUAUUUCCCAACCCAAUUUCAGUCAUUUCAACUGAAUCUCCUUGGUUGUUGUCUUUGCUUGAUGCAGGACAAUAAUGUGUCACUUGAAAGGGGGAUCCUUUGUUUUGUCGGGGAAGUGUGCAAUAGAUGGCAGAAAUAAGGAUGGACUGUGUGUGGAAUAAAGUGCAGUUGUAUGUAGGAAUGGGUACCAAACUUUAGCAUUGUUUAGCUAGCACAUGUGACAGAACUGGCAUCUUUUUAAAAGUUUGUUAUUGACAGUAAGCUUUAUCAUAUUUAACAGUUCUAAUAAUUAAAUGCCAUCUCAUUCUAAUUUUACAUUUAACCUGUUUUCCUUAUCCUGACUGCAUUUCUUAAACAAAUGAAGAAAAUAUUGCUGUGACAUGUCACCUAGGGCUUUUAACCCUAAAAUUCUCAGGGAAAAUGCCAUGUGAUGUAAUUUUUUGGUCUGUGUAAUAUCACGCAUAAUGUUCUCUUAAAAGAAAAAUUGGUCUGGGCUAGUAUGGGUUAAAUUGGUUUAAAUUACGUUUGUUAGAUAGAGUAUGAUAUAUGUUAUAUUGUUUUAUGUUUUAUGUUUAUCAUAUGGUAUGUUUUAUCAUGUUAUGUUAUAAUAUUAUUUUAAGUUAUGUUGUUAUGGUACUGUAUGAUAUGGUAUGUUAUGGUGUUAUUUUAGGGUAUGAUGUAUGUUAUAUUAUAGCCUAUUGUUUUAUGUCAUGUUAUGGUAUGUUUCAUGUUAUAUUUUAUGUUAUAAUAUGGUAUGUUUUAUGUUGUUAUGAUAUGGUAUGGUUUUUAGCGAGUUGCUUUUGAGUGUACUGUAUAAAUAUUCCACAGAGCUGUAAA